AUGCACUCGUUAUUACUUCGCCUUCACGUGACUAAUGCUGGAUUCUCAUCAGCAAGAAGAGCAGAAGCAAGCUUUCCAUGUAGGCAGCAUGCAGUCGUAGAGGUCCGCAGGCGGUGUGUCUGUUCAGCUCAGGCUCAGGCUGAUGUGGAGACACUGCCACCCUUGAGCGCCUGGGUGGAGCAGCGUGGCCUGCCCUUGAAAAAGCUGAAUGUAAGGCCGGAGAUUGUGGAGGGCGAUCUCUGCCUCGUGGUCUCCAAGCCGACAAAGAAGGGGCAACCGCUGGUGGCAGUGCCUUCCAGCGCCUGGCUCACACAGCAGGUUGUCCGCUCCUCAAGCAUUGGCUCGCUCGUCGAGGAUCUGGAGCCGUGGCUGCAGAUUGCUCUGUUCCUCCUGCACGAGCGCAGCAAGCCAGAUGCAGCCUGGCAGGGCUUCCUGGACAGCAUACCAGCUGCGCCUGACGUCCCCCUUUUCUGGAGCGAGGAAGAGCUCUCACAGCUUGAAGGGACGCAGCUCCUGUCUUCCGUGCAAGGAUACAGGCAGUUUUUCGAAGCCAAGUAUGCCGAGCUUGAGGAGCAGCUGUUUGCGCCGCACCGCGAAGCCUUCCCGCCCAAGUCACACCAGCUUGACGAUUUCCUGUGGGCUGUGGCCACCGUCCGGUCCCGGGUGCACUCGCCGCUCGAUGGGGAAGACGUGGCCCUCGUGCCCCUUGCAGACCUGGUGCAGCACAGGAAGCUGCAGGGGGCGAGGUGGCAGCUGCAGCUGGCGGGGGGUCUCUUCAGCAAGGCACAGGCACUGGUGGUGGAGGCACAGAGGGACUAUGCCGAGGGGGAGGUGGUCACCAUGGACUUUGGGGCCCCCCUGACUGAGGAGGAUCAGGAGAAGCUGGACAGCCAAGUGCUACUGGACUAUGGGGCACUGGAUGCAGACCGUCCGCAGGCUGACCCUGGGGUGGUACAGGGUGGGUUCAUUCUGAGCCUGGCGCUCCCGGAGGAUGACAAAUACUAUGAUGACAAGGCGGACAUCCUAGAACUGAAUGGGCUGUCGGAGGCCGCCUCGUUCGUCCUGCGUGCCAACGAGGAGCCUUCAGAGCAGUUGCUUGGCUUCCUGCGCCUCCUCAACCUCUCAGGGCAGGACGCGUUCCUGCUGGAACCGCUGUUCCGGAACGAGGCGUGGGGCCACAUGUUGGCGCCAGUGAGUGAGGCGAACGAGCGCGCGGUGUACGAGUCCAUGAUGGAGGGCUGCCGCGCCGCGCUGCAGGGUUACGCCACCAGCAUCGACGACGAUCUGCGUGCCCUGAGGGACACCCAGCCCGGCACGCGCCUUGAAAAGGCCAUCCUGGUGAGGCUGGGCGAGAAGGAGACUCUGGAUGCCACUCUAGCUUUCUUUGAGGACCGUUAUGACAGACUUGCUACUCUGGAAUUCUAUCAGGAGCGAAGAUUGAAGCGGCUUGGCCUAUUGGACGAUGAUGGCGGCUCAACGUAUGAUUCUUUCUUUGUUGACGGCAUUGCUUGA